AAGAAUCUCCUACUCACUUUCCUGGCCAUGAGCCCUCAGAGGAGGCCUUUCGGCCGCAGCCAGGCGCCCAGCCGGAAUGGCAGGAUCCUGAAGCCCCACUUCCACAAGGACUGGCAGUGGCGCGUGGCCACGUGGUUCAACCAGCCGGCUCGCAAGAUCCGUAGACGCAAGGCCCGGCAGGCCAAGGCGCGCCGCAUCGCCCCGCGCCCCGCGUCCGGUCCUCUCCAGCCGGUGGUGAGAUGUCCGACGGUCAGGUACCACACGAAGGUUCGCGCCGGCAGGGGCUUCAGCCUGGAGGAGCUUAGGGUGGCCGGCAUCCACAAGAAGGUGGCCCGGACCGUUGGAAUCUCGGUGGACCCGAGACGCCGGAACAACUGCACGGAGUCCCUGCAGGCCAACGUGCAGCGGCUCAAGGAGUACCGAUCCAAGCUUAUCCUGUUCCCCAGGAAGCCCUCGGCCCCCAGGAAGGGAGACAGCUCUGCUGAAGAGCUCAAACUGGCCACUCAGCUGACUGGACCUGAUAGGCCCAUACGGAACGUCUAUAAGAAGGAGAAAGCCAGAGUCAUCACAGAGGAGGAGAAGAACUUUAAGGUAUUUGCUAGUCUCCGCAUGGCCCGCGCCAACGCCCGGCUCUUUGGCAUCCGGGCAAAAAGGGCCAAGGAAGCCGCAGAACAGGAUGUUGAAAAGAAAAAAUAAAGUGCUGUUGACAACUUAUGAUAAAUCUGCAGUGUCCAUGUGACCUUUGUUGUGUAAGGAGCCAGGGCCUGGGGAGACCUCCAGGGGGACCUGAGGUGUGUCUGACCUUUGUCACAACAGAGUUGUGAGGGAAGCGCUUUGGUACCUGGGAGGCUUGUGCUUAGUGAGUGUUCUUGUCUGGAUCCUCCAGCCCAGGAGGUGCUGUGUAUUCUUACCUGGGAAUUUUCCAUGGAAAGCCUACAGCAAGCCAGGUUUCCUUCUCUGGAUGCACUUUGAAAACUAAGUGCUGCGAUGGUUUGGAUGAUUGUAAUAUUCAGAUACCGGUAGAGAAUGAUAAGGAUGGGAAAUACAAGUAGAGUGAUGAAAAUAAGAUAAAAAAUGUGAUGAUGGCACCAUGGAUGACUGUCCUUGCAUGACGCCUGGAAAGAGAGUGUGGGGGAUGGGCCAGAGCCGCACUGUCACUUCUCUCUAGGGCUCCUUCAAGAGCUUUCCAGACCUUAAUGACCAACUCGUGUUUGAUAAAAACAUCUCAGAUCUUGAUAACAAAAGAAAACCACCUGAUUUUUCUACUAUAGGAGGAUUCUGCCAGUGCUCUGCCUUGAAAGUAUGAAAGUUGAAGCUGUUACCAUGAGACAAAGGACACAACAGAUGAUAUAAACUAUGAGGUGUCACGGAUUUCUGUUUGUU